GAGUGGAGGAUGCUGAAGACAGGCUUAGAUGGAGGAAACUGAUUCACUGUGGCGACCCCUGAAGGGAAAAGCCCAAAGGAAAAGAAGAAGAUGAUAUGUGACUAUUCAAAUUGUAAAUUGUUGAACAUUUUGUACAACUGCUUCAUGUUUUGUAAACUUCAACUUUUGUCAAUAAAAAAGCUAACAUUUUUGGGGGGAAAGGUGGAGAAAGGCAUGUACUUUAGGGCCGGUGAGUUAGUGACAGUAUGUACUAACCAAUCAGAAGGUCCUGUGAACCGGAAGACCCCAUCCCGACCACUUCCGGUUUGAAAGCAAACAUUAAUGCUAAUGCUAAUGUUUGAUCUUUUUUUGUGUAACGCCGACCUAUAGGUUUAUGUAUGGAAGCCUUCUUUUGCUAAAACCCCGGUUCUAGAGGAUGACUGUUAUGACAGCACACAGAAGAGACCACUGACCAGCGCCAAACUCAGUUUGUUGGUAAGAAGCGGCAGUAAACGAGAGUUUGAGUCUGUUAGCGCCUUUAGCUCAUUUUGCUAAAUCUAUUCAUCUUCUAAAACUCUGGAGGAAUUUUUUGUGCUUCCGGUUCUCAGAGAGAAUUACAGUUUGUUGAACUGAUUGAAGAAUACUCCAGUUCCCUGGAUCAGUGAAAGCUGAUUGGAGCAAAGCCAUGGAAAUGGAGGAAGACAUUUCUUCUCAUCUGAAUAGUGGAUCAGCUGCAUUCAGGAUGUCUACCCUUCAACCUCUGAGAGAGUACAUCAACGAGCAGCUUGCUGCUGCCGCUGAAGAAAUAUUCAGACAAGUGGAAAAAACCUUCAGGCAGUUGGAGGAGGAGCUCUGUCGUCAGCACAGACUGCUGGGAAUCAGCUGGAAACCUCACCUUCAGCUGCACAACAUCUUAGUCCUCCCCCAGCAUUAUCUAAGUGCAGACCAGGAGCAGAGAAACCAAGACAGGAGCUCCAAAGGGAAAGGAAGGGAACCAGAACCUCCAUGUGUGAAGGAGGAAUGGGAAGAGGUCGUCAUCAGCCAGGAGUCAAAGCAGCUGGAUCUGAAGCAGGAGGCGGAGGUUUCCAUGGAGACGCCAACUCCUGAGGAGAGGGAGCAGACUCCAGUUUCUCUAAACAGUCACCAGCUCCAAACUCAUGAAGAAGCAGAGCUGAAGAACACAGAUCAGGGGAGCAGAGGGGACAGAAGCCAUGUCAAAAAUGAGGCCAUCUCUCAGCUAACAGGAAGUCACUGUGGCUCAAACUCUGAGAACAUGUUAGAAAAAGAUGUUUAUGCAAAAGGCUUGACGAUAAAGACUUUGGUGGAGAAACCACAGAAGAGUGUGGAAAAAUUCACGUGUGUGAUGUCUGGUCCACCGCAGAAGCUGCAGGAGAACGUCAGCAUCUGUCCCGUGACAGCCUUCAGCCCCCCUGCAGCUCCUGCCCCUCUCCCCUCAGCCGCCGCCCAGCCCGUCCAGAGACACCCUCCCAGAAGUAUCGGCCUUCUGCAGCCCGUCAGACUCAGUAACGGUCAAGUGGUUUUUAAAAGCCCUAAUCAGGUUUAUCUGACUCCCAAUCCUGCCGCUCCUCUGCUAAACACCUGCAGCAUCAGGACCAAACGCCCGGGAGAACAGCUGUUCAAAAGUCAGCCUUACAUCAAGAAGCCGCCCAACGCCUUCAUGCUGUUCCUGAAGGAGCAGAGGGCAGCCGUGCCGCCGGAGCUGAAGAGCAACAGUUCAGCUGUUAAUAAGCUGCUGGGAGAGAAAUGGAGUGUGCUGUCAGAGGAGCAAAAAGCCAAGUACUUCAACCAGGCCGACGAGGAGAAGCGGCUCCACGCGCAGCAGCAUCCGGACUGGUCCAGCUCAGACAAUUAUGGCAAAAAGAAAAGGAUUUCCAGGAAAGGAGCUCCCUCCAGAAUCCAGGGUUUGAACGUCCUGCCUGGAUCCAUCCGGCCGUGUGCUCCUCUCUGACCUCACACUCCUCCUGACAUCAGCAGCAGAGCCGCCUGCUUCCAUCAGCUCAUUCAAUCAAAUACCACCUUUGUGUAUUUUUUCACAUUGUGGCCCAAAUGCCCCAUACUGGUCCAGGAUUGUGAUGUAGGGCUCCAACAUGCUCACAUGAAGUUCUAAUAGGAAGUCUAGUGUGUGAUCUACACUCACUGGUAGACCUGAUGAACUGGCCGGUGAGUGUAAUGUGUUUAAUAAAAGUAUGAAAAAACAGUA